CGUCUCUGGGUAGAUGAAGAUCGAAUUAAUGCUACUUUAUAUUGCUCUCUUCGCAAACACAAAUUGCCGAAGAUAUCAGCGACGGGAAGCUCAAAAGAAAUUCAUCGACGGGGAAAGGGAAGGGCAGCAUUCAAGAUCGUCACGAAACUUAAAAAGAAUCGAUCUUGGGGUGUUCUUUCGCAUUUGUGAAACUAUGUGAUGAAUUCGUGUGCCAGUUCAUCCUCUCGUCCUUGAAGCUGGAAAAGGGAUUUGGAUAAUGAUGUCUUCUUUGGCGACUUCUUCGUCUUCCUCCUCCACCAAAGCGUCCAUCUCCCCUCACAACCCUACCCACUUCACUCCUAUUGAAGAAGGAAACGAGGAGGAGGAAUUCUCGCAAGGAAGAAACAGUUUCAGAGCAACAACGCCGGCAAGUGAAUACACGGAGAAACGAGACAGUGAUUAUUCCAAUUACAGGCACCAACCGACGCCAUUGCAUCCAGAUAAAAGCCGGAGCAAAGGAUCGUCGAGAAAGCGGCCGGAAAACGACGACGCCACCGGCGUUUCUUGCAACAAGUGCAGACCGAGCAGUCGGGAAAAAAUCUCAGUUGUCCCGUUGGAAAACAAUGGAGUCCACAGGCUGUCCAUGGCGAGUCCGAACGGGAUAUUUAAGUCGAUCCUCUCGUCUAUAGCGCAUAGGAGAAGCCCCAGGUGCUCAUCGGUAGGCAGCGGCGGCGGCGGCGGUGGCGGCUCCGCCGCGUCGAGGGAGGAGCAUUGGAAGAUUGUGGUGGCCGAGCUCUCGAACAAGCUGAUACUGGCCUCGAGAAAGCGGGAUGAAGCUAUUCUAGAAGCUUCGAAGCUCAAGUAUUCCAUGGCCGAGCUUGAGAAGAAGCUUAACAAAUUGGAAAUCUACUGCCAUAGUUUGAAAUCAGGGCUUGAAAUCUGCAGCAACGGCAACAAUUCUCAGUACCAGAAACAGCACAAAUCUCCUUCCCGUUUGAGUUAUCACCGCGUGAAUGUAGGGGAUCAGAAUAAGGUGAUUGAUCAUUUCUUGGUAUCAGUUUCUGAGGCGAGAUCAACGGUCAGGAUUCUGAGCCGGGCCCUGGCACUUCAGCUCCGGCAAAUGGGGCCGAAAGUGUGUGAUCGAAUUUCAUCUUUACUGCAGCCAUAUGAUAUCAAGAUUUCAUUUUCAAGAAAUCCCAGAGGCUUGCUUUUCUACAUGGAGGCUUUGCUAAACAGGGCAUUCUACGAAGACUUUGAAUCGAGCGGGUUCCAAAAGAGUGCUCCGAAUGCAGUGCUGAAUCCGAUGGAUCAAUGCGAGGCAAAUUUCGCGAUGUUUAGUCGGCUACAGGGGUUGACGUGGGAGGAAGUGCUGAACAAGGGGACAAGGCAUUUUAGUGAGGAAUUCAGCAAGUUCUGCGACAGGAAAAUGAGUGAGAUAGUGGCUAUGUUGGGGUGGAACAAGUCGUGGCCAGAGCCGCUUUUGCAAGCCUUUUUUGGGGCGUCUAAGGCCGUAUGGCUAGUGCACCUCUUGGCCAAUUCGGUGCAUCCGAGCUUGCCUGUUUUUAGGGUCGAUAAAGGAGUCGGUUUCGACCCGGUUUACAUGGAGGAUAUGGGAGGAGACAAGGCCAAAAUGCUGAUUCCGACGAUGGUUAGGAUCAUGGUCACCCCUGGAUUCUAUGUUUAUGACAAUGUGGUCAAGUGCAAGGUUCUUUGCAGGUAUUACAACAACAAUGGUGGCAAUAUUAGUGACUUGUAUGAGAAGGGCUUCACCCCAUCUCCUUCCUAUCAAACAGGCCAUCAUAUGAUAGGUUCACCCUCACCAUUGGAUGAGCAUAGACAAUUUUCCUUGGGUAAUUCCAUCCAACAUAGGAAAAAUUAAUGUUAUGUCUUUUACUACUUUUUUUGAUGAUUGUGUGAAUUUAAAAAAAUAGUGGAUGUGGACUGUGGGUUUGUAGGAUCAAGAAACUUGUUGGUUUUGGUGAUAAUCUAAGAGGGAAAGUAAAAGCUUUGGAUUUAUGCUCUUGUUUUUAUAUAUCUACUACAAAUUGACCCAUCAGUUUGGUCAAUGUGUUAGGGGUUCUUGCUUUUAUCAGUAUGUUUCUAGUAAUGGGAUUGGGUUGUGUAUCUUUUGAAGAUUGAGACAAAAUUCUUGCAUAUGGAAUCUAAUAAUUAUAGCCCUCUGUGAAAUGGGCAGUUUUUUGGAGGUUUCAUGUGAAUGCAUGUUCAUGGACACAAGUGUAUCUCUUUUAUUUCCCCUCUGUGUGAAGUAAAAGAAUUAUUUGUUCUUUUUCA